AUGAAAGUUUUGGCAUUGAUGGUUCUUCCGUUGGCAUUAGUAUAUGCUGGGAGCAACACGGAUGUCGAUAGCAUAUCCUUUUUGGAUCCGAAACACCAGAGCGAACACCAAACUACGACGUUAGGAACUAAAAAAGAGAAACGAGGAAUUUUCGGUCUCGGAGCAUACACGCCAGGUUCCCCAGUUUAUGGACACGGUUUUGCUCAUCAUGCACCUCAUCUGCUCCCGCCGGCAGAACCCCUGGCACCGGGUGCAUUCGCCGCCCAAGCACUGCCUGAUCCUUUCGGCCCUUACCUUGGGGCUCAUGCCCAUACACACACUGUAAUCACAAAGAAAGUUGGAAUUCCCAUUCCCGCGCCGUACGCGGUGCCUGUGGAAAAACCAUAUCCUGUCCCAGUGAAAAUUCAUGUACCAGUAGCGGUGGAUCGCCCUUAUCCAGUGGCUGUUCCAAAACCGUACGCCGUCCCUGUAGAUAGGCCCUACCCAGUGCCAGUAGAUCGUCCUUACCCCGUAGCCGUUCCGCAUCCUGUUCCAGUCCCAGUCGUCAAGCAUGUUGGCUAUCCUGUCCCAGCCCCUGUACCUUUUGCUGUACCUAAGCCCGUCCCUGUUCCCGUGCAUACCCCGGUAGUAAUAGAAAAACCAGUUGUUGCAGCAUUUGGACCAGACCCAUGGGCUGUUGCCAAGUUGUGGUAG